UUCGCGACACAUAGAAAAGGCUAUCGUAAGAUUCCUUCUUUCCACCAACAUUUACCCAAGAAUAUAAAGCACUGCGAGUAACUCUCUGAACAGAAGAGGGCAGCAUUACACUGUAUAUGUGUACAGCCUGCCGGAAAGGAAAAGAAGAAGAACAAAUGCAGUUGUCACAAUGGUGGUGGAGGUAGAGCGGUUCUUCGGUGUGUACAUGUUGUACUGCACUAAUCCUAAAUUCAGGGGUCGUAUUUACAUCGGUUUCACGGUGGAUCCGGAGCGGAGGAUCCGGCAACACAAUGCAGGCCGGCACAGAGGCGGAGCGAAGCGGACCAGCGGCAGAGGGCCGUGGGAGAUGAUCCUCAUCAUACAUGGAUUCCCUUCUGAAAUUGCUGCCUUGAGGUUUGAAUGGGCCUGGCAGCAUCCUCACUCGUCCAAGCGGCUCACUCACGUCACCCGGAAAUCCAGGAGGUCCAGCCUGCAGUUCCACUGGCUCGUCUCCACCAUGCUGCAGGUGGCGCCCUGGAGCAGGCUGCCUCUGACGGCCCGCUGGCUCAAGCAGGAGUACAGGCUGGACUUGCCCAGUCUGCAGCCUCCCCUGCACAUCCCCAUCGCUUUGGGCAGCGUGAGGGCCAAGAAGGGCGGCGGCGUGGCCCCGCAGCCUGCGAGGGACAGUCAGGAGGACGCCACCUGUUUCCUGUGCAAGGAGCCGGUGAAGGUGUCCCAGAAGUUGAGCUGUUUCCAUGAUUCCUGUGGGCUCAGCAGCCACGUCACCUGUUUGGCUCGCUGGUUUCUGAAGACGGAGCCCUCGCACCUCCUGCCGGUGGAGGGCGUCUGUCCGUCCUGCCAUCGGUCCGUGCUGUGGGGGAGCCUCAUUCGUCACAAAUAUGGCUGCUACGGAGACGUGGCUCAGACGACGGACUCUGGACGGCAGGACCACUGGGUGGACGAGCUGCUGCAGACGUGAGCGCUCACGUCAGACGCUCCUCGGACUGGGAGGAUUUAUUUAUCCAGAAGCACCGGUUUUUAACAUGCUGUCUUUGACUGUGAUUUUUAAACGUGUAA